GCAUCUUAAAAAAAAAAAAGGUCAACUCCUCUGAUUUACACUUUAACGGCCUGAAUUUUGUGUAUGUAAACAGAAAGAGUAAUACACUUCUUGUUUUGUUUUAAUUUUAAAAUCUAAAGCAUCAUCAUUUUCUGAGUUUCAACCCUCCAAUUAACCCACAGCAGCUCCUCCGCUUGAAGGCUUGAAAUUCUGUACGACGGAGACUGUAAUUUCCGAUUUUGUCGUAAUAUUUUCUUCCUCGUCAUACAAUUCUAUAGAUCCGAAAUGAAUGAAUGCACGGAUCAAAUUAGGGUUCCUGUUUAUUUGCAUCAGGAUCAGUAGAAGGGUGCUGAUGGAAGGAGAUAAUCUGAUAGAAGAUCGUGGCUUUGUGGCCGCUCCUCUGACAUUCUUCGUCGUCGUCGUCUUCCAAUUGAUAUCAAAGUGGCUCGACCAGUUGAAGAAGAAAGGGUCGAAGAAGACGAAGGAAGCAGAGCUGCGAUCAGAAAUUAAGCAGCUUUUGAGAGAGGCCACUGCAUUGUCUGAUCCAGCCACGUUUGCGCAAGCAGCUAAACUUAGGAGGACAGCAGCUACUAAAGAGAAACAACUUGCACAAUAUAUGGAGCAUCAUAACAAAGAAAUAAACCUAUCAUACGAUCUGUAUGGGAAGGUUCUGCUUGCUUCAAAGGUUGUGGUAUACCUAAUUUUGGUACUUUGGUUCUGGAGGACUCCGAUUGCCAUGAUUGCUAAGCAACUUGUUCAACCCUUUGGUGAGUUGUUAUCUUGGGGAACAGGAGGUCACUUGACAGGCCAUGUGAUGGUUGGGAUCAUACCGUGGCUGAUUCUCUCAACCAGAGUGAGCAAAUAUGUGUGCAAGUUCGUGGAAUUCUAA